UGUACAGUACCCACUCAGUUCACUUUGUUAUCCAGAAGCUUCAGUCAAUAUUAUAGUUUAAAAUGACAAUGAAGUCAAAAAUCGGCUUUAAAGGCCUUUUCUUGAAGGUUGUUAUUUUCACACUGUGUGCCAACAUGGUCACAGGUGCAGACAUCUGUAGUAUGAAAUGGGUGUAUUUCUUCCAAAAUGUGAUCGACGUUUUGACUGUCCAACCGACAGAUUCGGGUCAAAUGGUGGUACAACCUACUGACUUUCUACCAAAUUCGACGCAGUACUUUACAAUUGAAUGUGGCAGUAGGCCGGGAUUAUUCUACGCGGUACAUAUUGAAACGGGGCAGGUUCUUGAUGUUGAAAGAGAUGUUUCCCCGCACCGUGUAAUCCUGGCUGCACCAGAUGACUCGUUGUGGCAACAGUGGUUCCUGGACUAUGGCAACCGGCGUGUCACAAAUGCAGCCACACAGAUGGUUCUUGCCAUAGAAGACAGUAAUUUCGUUCCAGGAGCCGCAGUUGUGGUGGAAAGUCUAAAGGUUCCACAUACCCCAAACCAGAUGUGGAUUGUGGAUACAACUACUUAAUAACAUAAUAUAUGUAUAAUUAAAUAUUUGUAUUUUUUAACCAGUAGAAAAUUUAACAGGAA